AUGAUGUUUGAUUCAAUAGCACCAGAGGGUAGGGAUGUGGUAACUUGGACUGUCAUGAUUGGCGGGUAUGCUCAGAAUGGAGAAGCCAAUGAUGUACUGGAGCUUUUCUCCCAGAUGCUUGGACAGGAGAGUUUUUUAAAGCCAAAUGCUUUUACUAUAGCUUGUGCUCUGGUCGCUUGUUCUCGUUUGGGUGCCCUGAGGUUUGCUAUGGGGCAUGUUCCUGAGAUGAGCUUUGCUCUUCAUGAUGUCGACGAUGAGGAGAAGGGUGGGCUUCUUCUUGAACAUAGUGAGAAGUUGGCGCUUGCAUACGGCAUCCUUACAUCACCUGCAGGGGCACCCAUCCGAAUCACCAAGAACUUGCGCGUAUGUGGUGAUUGCCACACUGCUAUCACCUACAUAUCCAAGAUCAUUGACGAUGAAAUUAUCUUGAGAGACUCGAGCCGCUUCCAUCAUUUCAGGAAAGGAUCCUGCUCCUGCAGAGGGUAA